UUGUCGACGAUCCGACAAUUUCACCCACGUCAACAGCCAGGCGCAAUUCGCGACCACCGCGCCCGCACCGCGACGAACGAUAGCAACGAAAGCACCCCUGUUUCCAUUCCAGCAUCAUACCGAUACUGCGUCCGCAACUCCAUCCUUCCUCUCUCUCGGGCCCAUUCUCACCACAUCACAUCCACCAUGCCACGCGCCAUCAGAGGAGUGCUCAUCGAGUGCGACCCCUCCAUCAAGUCCAUCAUCGUCAACAUCGACGCAGCGAACCAUGAUUACAUCAUUGAGGAUCUUGACGAUCAGCAUGUUGUCGUGAAGGAGAAUAUGGUAGCUGCGCUGAAGAGACAGCUCGACGAGAGGCUUAAGGAAACACAGCAGCCGGACGAGAGUUCCGACUCUGACUGA